GAGAGGCGGAGCUGGCCCGGCACGCCCCGCCUCCGCGGUAGAAAGGGCCAGGCCAGUGUUACUCGCGGUCAUCCCGGCCAGGGCCUUUUAUCUUGACGCUGCCGGGGGAGGCGGGAGGAGGAGACACCGGGAGUGGCCUUGAACGCUAGCGACACCUUGCCCAGGCUAUAAAUUGAGCACCUGGGAUGGGCAGGGGGCCGACGCAGCCAGUACCGCCCGCAGUCACAGUCCGGCCACUGACCACGGAAGCGUCCGUGGGUAGCAGCUGCAGGCAGAGGGCACGCUGAGCUGCUCGGAGCUGGGAAUCGCGGGGCACAGGAGGAGGCCAGAGCUCUACCCACCGACCAGCCACCGCCGUCGCGAGCUUCCGGACGCCUGAGCCGGGAGAAACCGCACAUCCCCCAGGGCUGGGCGCCGAGCGAAACUACAGUUGGAGCAAGCUGAGGAGGAGCCGGGAAGUCAGCCGCUCCGGCUAGAGCCAGGCCGCCCCCCCGCUCCGGCGCGGGCCUUGGAGAGUGUGUGAAAGCGGGCAACCCCUCGCCCAGGCCGGCCGUCCCUGUGCCCUGCGCCCCGGCGCCCGCGCAGCCACCAUGAUGCAGAUCUGUGACACCUACAACCAGAAACACUCGCUCUUUAACGCCAUGAACCGCUUCAUCGGCGCCGUGAACAACAUGGACCAGACGGUAAUGGUGCCCAGCCUGCUGCGCGACGUGCCGCUGGCCGAUCCCGGGCUGGACAACGACGUCGGGGUGGAGGUGGGAGGCAGCAGCGGCUGCCUGGAGGAGCACUCUCCUCCAUCCUCCAGCCCGGGCAGCGCCAACGGCAGCUUCUUCGCGCCGUCCCGGGACAUGUACAGCCACUAUGUGCUGCUCAAGUCCAUCCGCAACGACAUCGAGUGGGGGGUCCUGCACCAGCCGCCGCCUCCAGCGGGGAGCGAGGAGGGCAACGCCUGGAAGUCCAAGGACAUCCUGGUGGACUUGAGCCACCUGGAGGGCGCGGACGCGGGCGAGGAGGACCUGGAGCGGCAGUUCCACUACCACCUGCGCGGGCUGCACACCGUGCUGUCCAAACUCACGCGCAAAGCCAACAUCCUUACCAAUAGAUACAAGCAGGAGAUCGGCUUUGGCAACUGGGGCCACUGAGGCGGGGCGCCCGCGGCAGCCUAGGCCCUUCCCCGCCCUGUUUCUCACCCUCUCUCUUUCCUUAAAGCGAUUUUUUUCCUAGCUGUGGGGCUCGAAGAGCGGACUGCAAGGUUGGGGGAUUGCGGACGUGCAGGGGAUGCGACAGGGCUGCGUGGAGGAAGGGGCCUCCUUCGGGAGAGGAAAGCGAGGCGAUGGCGGGCGGGAGAGGGGAGGCUCAAAGUUCCCCCCGGGAGUGGGCCUGCGUUCUAGGUUGGUGGGACUGGGCUGACGCCCUGUAUUCAGUCUGUGCCUUUCCUGGAGUUUCUUUUCUGUUCUUUCCGGAGGAAGAGGGCUGAGAAGGGGCCGUGCCAGGGCGCGGCGCUGGAUUGCCACUCUUGGGAGGGCCUCCCGGAGCUGGGCGCUGGGAAAGGCGGGGCGCGCAGCCUCCCGCCGCCCCACCGUUGGGCCGAUGGAGGCCUCGGUGUUGCUAGGAUUGCAUCAGUUUUCUUUCCUGUUUGCACUAUAUCUUUUUGUAACAGUUGUUCUGUCUUAAGUAUUUCGAAUCUUCUUGCUCUGAAACUUCGGCGAUUCCAUAGUGAUAAGCGCACAAACAGCACUGCCUGUCGGUAACCGGUACUACUUUUAUUAAUGAUUUUCUGUUACACUGUACAGUUGUCCUGUGGCACCCCCACCCCAUCCGGUCUACCCCAUCCCUUCCACUCCAUCCCCGCCCCCACCCCAGUGUGUGUAAGCUGGCAGUGUGCCGGCUUGUACGAAGCUUGUCACUCAGCCGGUGAAAAUAAUAACAUUAUUAUGAGAAGGUGGACUUAUCUGAAAUGGAACCAACUGACAUUCUAUCCGUGUUGUCCAUAGAAUGAUGAAGGGUUCCACUGUUGUUAUAUGUCUUAAAUUUAUUUAAAACUUUUUUAAUCCCAGAUGUAGACUAUAUUCUAAAAAAUAAAAAAAAAUUGUGUUAACCUAA